AUGGAAGGACGCGUAGACCAGAUUGAGAAUUGCUCAAAUCCGAAUCCCGCGGAAGCGGAUUCCGACUCGGCGCGCAGCAUCACACGACGGGCGUACGCGCGCGUGGGGCUGUUGGGGAAUCCCAGCGACGGCUACAACGGAAAGACUCUUUCCUUCUCCCUCGCCAACUUCUUCGCCGAAGCGGAACGAUCCAAGAAGCAGCGGCUUGACCACGCGGAUGGCGGCGUUUGUCUUCUAGUGUCGCUGUGCGCGUGUGUCCACGACCACUGCCAGCAGCAUGGCGUUGACUUGCCACAACCCGCCGCCUUCACUCUCUCCUACUCCACCAACAUUCCUCGCCAGGUGGGCCUGUCAGGAUCCAGUGCAAUCAUUGCUGCCGCCCUCAGCUGCCUCCUCCAUCAUUUCCACCUCCACUGCGCCAUUCCCGUACCUGUGCGCCCGAACCUCAUCCUUGAGGCUGAGAGCAGGCUCGGCAUCACCGCGGGCCUGCAGGAUCGGGUCAUCCAAACCUACGGUGGACUGGUGUUCAUGGACUUCAACCAACCACACCUAGAUGCGCAUGGCUAUGGCAUGUACCAGCCCAUGAAUCCGGCCCUCUUGCCGCCUCUGCAGAUCAUCUUUGCAGCCAAUCCCAGCGACUCAGGCCACGUGCACAGCUCCGUGCGUGCCAGGUGGCAGGCCGGUGACGUGGCGGUGUGCCAGGCCAUGGCUGACGUGGCAGCGCUGGCAGAGGAGGGGCGGGAUGCUCUGGUGGCACGGGAUUGGGGGAAGCUUGCUCGGCUGAUGGACCGAAACUUUGACCUGCGCAGGCAGAUGUUUGGGGACGAGGUGCUGGGGGAGGUGAAUCUGAGCAUGGUGCAGGCAGCACGGGCAGUGAGGGCAGCAGCCAAGUUCACAGGCAGCGGUGGUGCUGUAGUGGCGUUUUGCCCUGAGGGGGAGCAGCAGAGAGCGAGGCUCAAAGAGGAGUGCAGGGAAAAGGGGUUCUGUGUGGUGGAUGCUCAGGUGGCCUCUGCUGUGGAGUUGGAUUGA